UUCAGAAUAAAGGAUACGCCAGAAUUGUGCAGUCGAGACGACAACUUCUGUGUCCUUUUCAAAUAUAUUACUACUGGUAUGAGGCCGGUAACAUCAACAUUGAGGACAAACCCAGCCUGCCUCUCUCUGUUUCCACACUGAGUCCAAACCUACAGUCACUGGGUCCUGAUUGUGACAGUGGAGACCAGUUUGCACUGCAGGAUCCAGAAAUGGCAUCGGUGAAGCUGGAAGACUGCAGUCAAACACUGGAGCUGAAUGUCAACAUUAAAGAUGAAGAAGAGGAGGAGAAGAUUGGGACAUCUGUUAAUGAUGGAUUAGAAUUAAGUCUGAGGCCGGUAACAUCAACAGUGAGGACAAACCCAGCCUGCCUCUCUCUUUCCACACUGAGUCCAAACCUACAGUCACUGGGUCCUGAUUGUGACAGUGGAGCCCAGUUUGCACUGCAGGAUCCAGAGAUGGCAUCAGUGAAGCUGGAGGACUGCAGUCAAACACUGGAGCUGAAUGUCAACAUUAAAGAUGAAGAAGAGGAGGAGAAGAUUGGGAAAUCUGUUUCUCAUGGAGACCAUGUUGAGACAUUCUCUAUAUCCAGAGAGCAACAGCAGGAAGAUCACAGAGCUAAGAGGUCUCACCACUGCCCAUAUUGUGAGGAGAUUUUCCCAAUUCUAUCAAAGCUAAAAAUACACACAGGAAACAAUCUUUAUUUCUGCGCUGACUGUGGAAAAUGCUUCACAACAUCAACUCAUCUAAAAGUUCAUCAGAGAACACACACGGGAGAGAAGCUUUUCUCCUGCUCUGAUUGUGGGGUGAGUUUCUCUCGUCUGGGUUAA